AUGAAGACACCGGGACGGUCAGUGGUUGUGAUCGUUGAGGAAGCAGGCAAUCGCGCGAAUAAUGGAUUCAGUGUAGUUUUUGUCAGUCCAACGCUAACGAUGACGUGCGUUUACAACUUAACGGAGCAAUACACUGUGAAAAUUAUGGCACUGUUGGCGCUAAGAUACGAGAUGGCAAACGAUAGAUUGUUGCUAGUAAUGCUGUGCUAA